GGUGGUGGUGGUUCGUUGCCACUGGCAGGCAGGCAGGCAGGCAGGCAGGCAACGAGCGCGGAGUUAAGCCCCUCGGUCAUGGAGCUUUCCCGCGAUACCUCCCGCCCCAAACGACCUCGUCGCUUCGGCGAAGCCUUCAGGUGGCGACUCUUUGCGCACGAUCCAUGAAUUGGCUGCGUGGCCCGCCUCUCCGGACCAGAAGCCAUUCAUUGAAACGGGGGACGCGAGAGCUCGCGCGGAAACAAGGCUUACGUGAAAAGCGACGUCAGUGACGACUCUCGACAAGAGAAGACCGCCGGCGGCUCAACGUCCGCUAGUACAAAUCCAUUUGGAGGCUUUCCUCACCCAUCAUCGGGGCCGGGGCCGAUUUCUUGUGAUUGGCCGUCUACGGAGGGACUGGAGAACGCACAGGACAUGAUGCAACGACAUGGUCUUGUUCCGUGGGGCUGGAUUUGGUGGUUCACUUCCCCUGAACCCCCGGCACCUGCAAGCGCGCAAGUCAUGGUUGGCGAUCCGCGCUCUUCGGGGUCGUCAACCGGGAGUCGCCGACUUGGUGGACAGUGCAAGCAGGGGUUUGCGCGCGCGCCGCGGGGGGGGGGGUUGUGUCCUCAAGCGGGCACGCACGCGCAAUGCUUGCCUUGGAUCUCGUUGCGGUCCCCGGGAGGAGGAUGGUGGCGAUGGAGGAGGGAGGGAAACACGACGACGACGACGACGACGACGGCGACGACCAGGACAAGGACAACGAGCGCCACCAUCACCAUGAGUUCGGGACUCUGACGAGCAUGCGGCACAAUUACAUCGGUAUGUGUGCAGCGUCUUGUGUGUUGGCUCGUGCGGCGUUCGACAGCCACAGCCACCUACGCCUAUCGUCUGCUUGCUCUGCCGCGUCCAGCGCAUGGAUACAGACAAGGAAGGACAUUCAUACAUAUGUACGCACAUGCAGAGCUGGCCAUGUGAGAUUACGACACGUGCCGGACCCCCGUCCUCUUGUGGCUGGCCGGUCGGGCGUGUUGCGCCCGAGCCUGCAUGCAGGAAGGUCUGUAUGGAGCAUGUACAGUAUGUAUGUCUCUCUCUUCUUACCUGCCUGCCUCUCUCUCUCUUCUUCUGCGUCCUGCUGCUGCCGUCAACUCCGCCUCUCCCUGGGCUGGGCUGGGCUGGCCAGGCCGGGGCUGCAGGCGCGAUGAGCUGGGG